AAUGCAGACAGCACCCUCAGUUCCAGCAGUCCAACUCUUCCGCUGACAGCAUGUGGGUCCAGGCCGCCGCGCUGCUGCUGCUCGCCUGCUGCGUCUGGCCAGCUCAGUCUCAGAGAGACGGCAGCAGGGCACACAACAUCUGGGAGAAGCCCAUCAGCUUUAACACCAAGGGGAAGGAUAAAUGCACCAUGAUCAUUACAGGCCAAGGAGAAAACACCAGGCUGAGGCUUUCCUGCAGGAGCUCUGAGCGCUUCUACUGGUGUGAGUUUGUGGGGAAACCUCACACCUGCAGCGCUUACAACAAAAGACCUCGCCACUACUUCGUUCAGAUUAUGUGGUAUCUGAGGAAGCUCCAAAACGCCUGCCAGGGGCAAAGACAGUUUAAACCCUUCAUGUGUAGAAAGGCAUCUGAUGAUUCUCAGAUGGUUUUCUCAUCGUCCUCCUCCCACCAGCCACAGCAAGAGGCCCCUCAGAAGCCAGCAGUACGACCAGCAAAGCAGCCCGCUGCCCCUUCCAGACCCACUCCUGCAAGGCACUCCCAGAGGAAAGCCAUCCGAGCAAGGCCAAGAGUGAAGCCCACACAGAUAACCAACACCAAGGCAACAGCACCGCCAGGGGAGAGCACCGCAAAGAGAAUGUCCCGACAGUACUGCUGGAGGUCACUGCAGGGCAUCUGCUCCUUUGUCAUCGGUGUAUUUCGGAGUUAAGCAGUGAGGUGACUGGAUCCAGAGCACAUUUCUGCUCAUGUUUCUUUCAGACUCAAACAUUAAGUGGACCAGAGAAGGGGAAGUUCAGCAGACCUCCAGACUUCAGGAACAGACAUGUUGCUGAAUCUUCAAAGUGCCGCUGCAGCUGGUUUCAGGAAUCCCAAACUACUGGAUCCAUACUGGACCUGAACGGAGUCUGAAGGAACUGUCUGCCUUCAUUUAUGCUGUGCAUGUGUUAAGAUACAUGUUUACGUUGGUUGUUUUAUAUAAAUGUGUAUAUAUAUGUAUUCAAUCAUACAUAUGCGGGUGUCUCUUAUUUUCAUUCUAUAGCAGAUAACUAUCUGACCUGCACUUUUUGACUGUAUGAUUAGAGAAGAAAAUGUGUUGGGCAUGUUCUUUUCUUAGCUAACAAAUAAAAGGUUUCAUGUCUGCAGUUUAUAUUCUUUUCAUUUUUAAAACACCUCUUUGGGGCAACAGAAUAUGUAAAAGUUACAAUUGUAUUUCUGUUUUUAUAACAUCUUUUGUCUUUCAAGACCCACUCUGAGGAAAACUGUUUGAAGAACUUUUAUCAUGUUCUUCUCUGAUGAAGGAAAACAUA